UUCUUUUUCUCAUUCUCAUUCUCAUUUGAAACUCAUUCAUUUUUAUUAUUAUUAUUGUUUUUUCUUCACUGUUUUCUUCACUGUUUUCUUCACUGUUUUCUUCAUAUUCUUUUUGCUUUUCACUUUGCUUUCGAAGAAUAAAUCAACUUCAACUUCAACCGCCUCCAAACAAACUAAAAUGGCAACGAACCUCGAUACUAAAAAGCCACAUGUGUUGAUUGUUGGUGGUGGAUUAGCAGGUCUACUUCUGGCUAUCUUACUUGAUCGCCAAGGGGUCACCUAUGACAUUUAUGAGCGAGCUAGCAAGAUCCGAGCUCUUGGUGCUGUGAUGAGUCUCAAUGCAAAUAUCCUUCCUGCGUUCCAGCAGUUGGGAUUAUAUGAUGAACUCAUGCAGGUUUCUUUCCCAAGUGCAGGAUUUGUUAUCUCCAAGAGCAACAACGAACAUAUUACGUCUUUGUCAAUAGAUAAUGAACAAGAAUUAAUCGGAUACAGACAUCAUCUCUUUGCUCGCCCAAGUCUAUAUGACAUCCUUCUUAAGCGAAUUGCACCUGAGAGGAUUCAUCUGAAUAAGAAAGUGACUUCAAUUGCUCAAGAUGACGAUAGUGUCACAAUCACAUGCGCAGACGGCACAUCAUAUACCGGAGAUAUCUUGGUAGGAGCCGAUGGGGCUUACUCGGGAGUGAGAGAAGAGCUUUAUAAGCAACUGGAAAAAGAAGGGAUCCUUCCAGAAUCUGACAAGGAGUCGCUGAGCAAAGGCUACAUCUGCUUGGUUGGAACUACCGAUCCAGUCGACCCAGAGAAAUACCCUUUUGUGAAACAGAAAGAAGCAUACUUGCAUCAGGUCAUUGGAGAAGGAACACCGUACACCUGGAGCGCUUGUAAUGUCCCUGGGAAUAAAAUCUGCUGGAAUGUUGUUGUUCAAUUAGCAGCAGCCUCAAAAGGCUCACUAGAUGAGAAGUUGAUGAACGCUGAAUGGGGACCGGAGGCGAACGAAUCCAUGAUCAAGGAGGUUAGCGAUUUUUUAGUCCCCAUUGGAGGCACUAUGGGAGAUUUGAUCAAUGCCACACCCAAAGACAUUAUUUCACGCGUCUUCUUGGAGGACAAGGUCUUCGAGACUUGGAAUCACAAAAGGGUUGUACUCAUUGGGGAUGCGUGUCACAAGUUGCUACCAAGCGCUGGACAGGGUGCAGUAAACGCUAUGCAGGACUCUGUGGUUUUAUCCAACUGCAUCUAUGACAUGGUAUCAACUAAAUUGAACGACGUUGAAGCAGCAUUAAAGGAUUAUCGUGAACAACGGUUCGAUUAUGUAGUGGAACGCUAUAAAGAUAGCAAGGAGAACGCCAAGAUCAUUUAUGGCCAGACAUUGACUGAGAGAAUCAUUCGUCAUGUGGUACUCAACUACAUGCCUAGGUCUUUCCGAGUGACAACUACGAGCAGAAGCCUUAAAUACAGACCUCAAGUCGCAUUUCUCCCCCAAAUUCCCAAGAGAGGCACUUGUCCUGUUUUGCCACAGAAGCCUUCGAAGCGCUAUCAGCUUGAACAACAGACUGUUGUUGUGUGAUGAGCAUUGGAAAAUAAGUAAUAGAAUUUUGUUUCCCACAUUUAAUAAAAUAAGAUCUAUUUGUUUGUUCG